UUUGGCAUGGCCACAAGGCCCCACCAUGACAGUAGAACUAAUGACAGGAGAGAAUCUUAAAUCCCCUCCCUCCCCUCCCUGCCUCACCAGAUUUGAUACAUGCCAACCUGUUGCUUCUUAACAGAACCAAAAAGGUUUGGACCUUGGCCUAGAAGUAGCUAGCAAGAGAGAUCUUCUUGGGGGAGAAAAGAGAGAGAGUGCCUUACCUUGUUCACAAGAGAAGAAUUCAGAAACAGGACUCCUUGGCAGAGGUGAGCAAAGGUGAAGCUGAUAUUUCGUGUGGGUUGGUGAGAGAUGGAGAAGAAACAUAUGAAGAUGGCCAUCCUGAGGCAAGAGCACAUAUUCAGACAACAGGUUCACGAGCUGCAUCGCGUAUACGAGGUUCAGAAGCGACUGAUGAAGGAGAUGCAGGCUGUUAAGAUGAGCCCAGCUCAGGCAAGAGAAGAUACUCAAACAGAACAGAUGCUGGAUACAGAUCGACCACAAUGGUACGUCGACUCGGGCGAGAAGACCGCUCCUUUCAUCGAGGACUUCAACCUGGAGCUGACACUGGCAACUGGGGGUGACACGAGGAAGCAAGAGAUGACAUCCAACUCUGAGUCUGGAGGAACAGUGACAUCAUCGACUUCUGCUGAAUCAGAGUCAGGGCAGCAGCGAUUCCCCGAGUCCAGUGUAAACCUGAGGUUUCAACAUGAGAGCAAGAGGCAUGAUGAUCAGCUCACGCAGUCUCCUUGGCUCUACCAAUGUUUAAGUUUGAAGAUGGCUUGAUGGCUUAGCUACGGGUGGCUUGAGUGUCUACACAGAAGCAUAUGCAUUAUUAUAUGUACAUCAGAAACUAAUUCGUUGCAACCAGAGGAAUGCCAUCAAUAGAAA